AAGAAGAGGGAGGAAUUCACAACCUCUCCAACACCUGGGACACCCUCAGCUUCUGUAGAAGAAGGACUGCAAGAUGAAGACUGUGUUCCUGACUCUUCUCCUUGGUCUGGUUUGCGCUGCCCAGGAAGCUCCAGCUGAGCUAGACUCCUCACAGAUUACAGGAGACUGGCGCAGCAUUCUCACGGCUGCAGAUAACCUAGAGAAGAUUAAGGAAGGAGGCCCCCUGAGGGCAUACGUCCGUCGGCUUCAAUGUACUGACCCCUGUUCCUCACUAUCCAUUAACUUUUAUGCCAAGCUUCCCAACCAAUGCACAUCCCUCAAUGUAGUUGCAGAGAGAGAAGGGGAUGUUUAUCACGUAGGAUAUACGGGUUCAAACUUUUUCGAACUGAUUCCUGUGUCACAGAACACAUUAGCAAUCUACACGGAAAACUUGGAUGGCGUGAAGAGUACAAAAGUGACUCAACUCCUUGCCAAAGGAGACAGUGCCACUCAAGAAGACAUUCAGCAGUAUGAGGAACUGAACAGAGAAAGGGGGAUUCCAACAGAACAUAUACAAGAUCUCACUCAAACAGAUGACUGUCCUCAGUAAGAUCUGACAGCCUCUUCUGGGAGACUGGCACACCAUUUACAUGGCCAGAGAUAACAAGAAGAUUGUAAAAGGGGGCCCACUGAGGGGUUACUAUCGUCAGAUCAAAAUGUAUCAAUGGCUGUGAACACAUCUGCUUUGCAUUUUAUGUCAAGGAAGCACAAUCUGACCCAACUGCAAACAAGCAGACUGUGAACUUCUGGCGUGGGGUGUGGUCUCCAAUGUGCGGUGAAACAUGUGUGUCAUGGCUGUGAUGUUGAGUAUGUGAACUCUAUUCUCAGACGGGUGUCCUCAAGCCCUGGGGAAUGGGUGGUGAGGAUGGAGUGUUUUGUCUGUCGCUUUUUCAGGGUUGACGGGACAUGCCCGUUAUUCACAGAAGUGGCAAAGAGACAAGAAGGAGAUACGUAUGUCACAAAACGCGAGUGUUCGAGCCUUUCUGAUGUAUUCCCAAAACCUUGGAAUGUGUUCAGAUGGAUAGCCUCGGUUCCAUACAAGACAACUAGAUGUCUGCAUGGGUGGACUAUUUACUCUACUCAUUACCAAUGCAACCUUGGAAAAGCCAUUUAAUUUUUCAGCAAUCAAUUGUGUCCCAAAAUACCAGGCUGAGGUCCAAGAUUGGAACGUGGCCUUUGACGGUCUCUGAGAAGAAGCCCUUGAUGGUCUCUGAGAAGAAGCCCCAGAACGUUGACGCCUCGUGUUCCCUGGGUGUGGAGAACUGUGUAAAGCUAAUUACGAUUACAGCGACUCUCGCAAAUUUUUUUUCUAUAUUUUA